CGCCCGGUGCCAUGUCCAUUUUUUUCCCGGAUAGCAAAUUUGAACGUUCAGUUGGUGGACUGGCGAGCUUUGCAGACGUCCCCGAAAAGCCCUGAAAAGCCGAGAAAGGGCAUCACUCAGAACUUCUAAUGCAUACAGAAGCCCGAUGCAUCACCGACCCCAGCGGCCCAGGAGAACGUUUCGUACAAAAGAGCAAUCAUUUAGCCUCGCAGUUGUAUCCUCCCUCCCUCCACCCUCGCCCAUCUGAUGACCACGGCAGCCACACUGUUCGGCGCAGACUCGCCCUUUGAUCCCUAUCACAAACUCGUGACUUCGCCUUUUUUCUCGCCUACUCUUCUAGCAUGUUUCCGAGCUUUGGUGGCCCUCUACACGACUGCUACGCUGGUAUUCAUCCUUGCAUACGACGGCACCGUCACCAAAGAUGUUCAAACGGACUUUUCUUAUCUCACGGACCUCACCUUCAUUGGGAUAUGCUCGUACUACUGGGCAUCCUUAGUUCAGACUGUUUGGUAUAUCAGAAGAGGCUUUGAAGGGUAUCCGUUACAGAAUUGGGGGAAAACGUUACAGGUCUUGCAUUUGAUGCUACAAAACACGGUGUUGAAUCUCCCUAUCAUUGUCACCAUCGGUUUUUGGUCCCUUAUUGCCACUCCGUCUAGUGUUGACACGCCUGUUAAACUGCUAUUUACGAACAACCCCCCGCCACAAUGGAUAUUCCUUCCGUUCAUGAUACUCAUACUUGGACUCUACACCGCUCUCGCAUAUGUAUCACAUGCUACUCAAGGGUUCUAUUCUUAUGAAUUUCUCGAUCCAGAGAAACAGCACUCACUCGUAGCUGCGUACGUUCUUGGGAUCGUCAUUGGGGAAAUUCUGAUCUUCGCUGUUGUGUGGGGAAUUAUGAACCUGAGGGGAAAGGUAUUCCCUGCCAGCGUGAGGAAGACUGGCAGUGAUCUUGAGACGAAAGGUCGAGACGAUUACACUUACGAUUCACUUGUAACUAACGUUAAUUAGUUAUGGUAAAUUACUCAGUAGCCACAGAUUGUUAUUUUUUAUUGUCGAGUAAAGGGAGAAAGAUCGCGGUUCCUCUAUCCUCAUACAUUGAUUCAAUAAACUCUUGUAACCGAC